UGUCAUUUGUCAGUCGGAUUUUUGAAGCAGUGGAAAGAGGUGUGUUUUUUUAUCCUGAGAGUUAUUUUUACUAGAAGUUUAUAAAUGACUUUAAAAAAUGUAUAUUUACGAGCUACCAUUUGAGGUGAAUAAAGAGUUGUGUAGAUUGCUUGAUAACGACGAAGAAUGGAAGGAAUUAGCUGGUGUUCACAUGAAAUAUUCACCUUUUGACGUUAAUGAAAUAGAAAGAGAAGCAAAGAAUAAAUUAUUAUCACCAACUGCACAGCUGUUCAUAAAAUGGGGACAACUGAACCAUAGAGUAGAGGAACUUUUUAUUCUUCUGUACCGGAUGAAACAUGUACCAGCAUUGAGAUGUUUGGUACCGGUUGUAGAUAGCAGAUUUCAUAGACUAUUGAGUAAACAUGAUAUAACACGGAGCAUCAAAUCCAAGAAUGCUGAUAAUGAUAAUGUUAAACGGCCAGCUAAAAUGGAAGGCAGUAACAGUUCCAUACCAAUACCAGUGAUGCUUAUGCAAAAUGGAAUAAGUAAUAUGUUACCGAACAUAAGGUCAAUUGAAGGCCUCACAAAUGGUGAUUCCAGUUUACAGUCAAGUUCGAAUAAUUCCAGUAGUAAUGACACGAAGCCGUCAAGUUUGAAUGAUGAGCUGAUAAAGAAGAUAUCAACAAUCCCGAUGGUGCACUACGAGGAACUGAAAGCUGCAACUGACAAUUGGAGUGAGAGUAAUCUGUUAGGAAAAGGUGGAUUCGGACAGGUUUAUAAAGGUGUUUGGAAGCUGUCAGCGGUGGCUGUGAAACGUCUCCUGAACAGUGACUCGAGCAACAACAGAGAGCUGAUAGGAGAGAUGUGCCUCAAUCAGUACCGACAUGAUAAUAUACUGCCGCUCUACGGAUACAGUCUUGGUGGUCCGGAGGCGUGCCUCGUGUACCAGUACAUGUCGGGAGGGUCGCUGGAGAAGCGGCUGCGUUGCCGCACAGGUCACCCGCCGCUCACCUGGCCGCAACGAUACAAGAUAGCUCACGGUGUCGCCAGAGGUCUACAAUAUCUCCAUACAAUGGAAGGUACUCCUCUCAUUCAUGGAGAUAUAAAGCCCGGCAACAUCCUGCUGGACCAGUGCAUCAUGCCCAAGAUCGGGGACUUCGGUCUGGCGAGGAAAGGACCUUACGGUGAAGACAGGACGCAUAUGAAAGUAUCCAGAGUUCACGGCACUCGGCCCUAUUUACCAGACGAGUAUCUUCGCUCUCAUUACCUCUCACCAGCAGUAGAUGUAUUCAGUUACGGUGUGGUGAUGCUGGAGCUGGCCACAGCUUUGCCCGUCAUGGACAGGACCAGGACUGUACAGUUGUUGAGAGAUUAUAUCAUACAGCUGCAGAACAGACCGGCUUUUGAUUUAGCAUCACUAGAAGACCGCAACAUCCAAGGCACAGUUCACUCAAACCCCGCGCUGUGUCGUGAGAUAAUGUUCAUAGGUCUGCACUGCACGCGCUACGACCGGCACGAGCGACCCGCCAUGCUGCAUGUAUACAAACAGCUCGACAGCAUGCAUCUGCCUGAAGAAUACUACAACUGAUGUAUACUGCAAGUAUACUAAAGUAGAACUAAGGAACGAUUAAGUAUGCUAAGCUAUGAUUUAUGUUUACUCAAUAAGUAUGAAGAGUACUGAGGAAUGACGAUGUAUUUUUAAGAAGAAAAUGCCCAACAAUGUAGCGAGUGAAUAACUGAAUUAUGUUGAAGUAUACUGAAUUAUGUUGAAGUAUACUGAAUUAUGUUGAAGUAUACUGAAUUAUGUUGAAGUAUACUGAAUUAUGUUGAAGUAUACUGAAUUAUGUUGAAGUAUACUGAAUUAUGUUGAAGUGGAAUAGCCUACAAUGCUGCAAGUCUACAAAAAUCCAGAAAUCAGUGCCAUUUUUUUAUUUAUCCCUUUGUCUGUUUUAAGAAAAAAAAUCUGAGAAUUUUUAAUUUUUAGUAGUGUAGUUUAACUCAAUGUAUGGACUGUUGUAUGAAUGUGGAUGAAAUAUUACAUGUUGUUUAUUAAGUUUUACAGGAAUUGAGUAAAAUAUUUAUAAAUAUUUGAAAGUUAUAUGAACUUUACAUAUUUUUGUACCUCUUUUAAUAUUCUAAGGCUUUGAAGAAUUAAUGUUUU